UCCCUCCCUCCCCUUCCCGGCGGAGGCAGCGCCACGUCUCGGGCAGGAGCCGGCGCCGGGCGGGCGGCCCCAGAGGAUGCAGGUCCUUGGUGAUUACGACUUUGGCUGCGAGCUGUUCUCCUGAUCUGGGGUUAGCAGCUGCCUGCUGCACACCACCAGCUGUACAGCCCAGAACUGUGCUCCCCUGGAACACCUUGAUGCCGUUGUUGCUGAUGGAGAGAAACAGGACUUGGUAGUUCACCUGGUGGCAAAUUAUUCAGAAGAAAAACUUUCCAGGGAUCUGGAUCGUUUUUACCAUGGACUCCUCAUCUGUCCAGCAGGAUGCUCACCUGGAGAACAGGAGCAGUAAUGGGGCUCCUGGCAGCUCUGAAGGACUUCUGGAUUGUAAAGCCAAGUCACAGGCAGUUAUUACAGCUGAAAUUAACACUACCAGUAAUAACAUCAACGAAGUGCCAAAUGAGGAGGGAGGUCUGGAGAUGAACAGCACAGUGGACACCUGCCAGAACGGGCCAGAGUCGCUCUUCCCUGACUCUCCUGUGUCUUUUGACCCCACCAACUGUGAGCAGGGUGAAGAGUCAUGCCCAGGUGUGACUGGUUUCCAUGACAGCCUAAGGAAGUCUCAGGGAACUAGUGCUGAGGGCAUAGUUCUUAGAAAAGAAGCUUUGCAGUCUCUCAAACUAAGUCUUCCCAUGCAAGAAACUGAAUUGUGCUCAGUAGAGUCUUCACUGCCAUUGGAGAAAGAAGAACAAAUCAGACUUCAGGCAAGAAGGCGUCUAGAGGAACAGCUCAAACAAUACAGAGUGAAGAGACAUCAAGAAAGAUCAAGUCAGUCCACAUCCAAAAACCGGCCCUCCAGCACCCUGGAUCCUGAGCUGAUGUUAAACCCAGAGAUCCUGCCGAGAGCCAGCACUGUAGCAAUGACAAAAGAAUACUCCUUUUUGCGGACCAGUGUCCCCAGGGGGCCAAAACUGGGUAGCUUGGGACUUCCAGCGUCCUCAAAAGAGAGGAAAAGUUCAAAAUCUAAGUCCAGUAAGAUCCGGUCCUUGGCUGACUACAGAACUGAAGAUUCAGACACCAGAAACACUGCUGGGAAUUUUACUGAUUUAUCUGGUGGGACUCUGAAGCAAAGCAGAAGUGGUCCAACAUCAGUUGUUUCUGAGAUUAGUCUGCCCUCUGACGUGGAUGAUCGAAUAGAGAGUUCCUCCUUGGCAGGAGACAGCAUUUCAGAGAUUGACGGGAGUGAAGUGGCAAUGAGGCUGGAUGGAAAUGAGAGUGACAGCUCUACCUACAGCAGCGUGUCAGGGAAAGGGCUGUACAGCAGUUUACAGAGCUCAGAAAGCAAACAGGAUGCUCCAUAUACAAUAAAUGGCCAGAAGAUACACCCUGAAGCCAUGGGGCAGUUCCCUUCCAUCAGGGAGGUGCUGCAGGCUGCGGCAGUGGAGCAUCAAGCCCAAGAGCAAGAAGUUAACGGGGAAGUACGGAGCAGGAGAGACAGUAUUUCUAGCAGUGUUUCUAUGGAAAGCUCUGUCGCAGGAACUCAUGAUGAAAUGCUGCAGGUCCUGAAGGAGAAGAUGAGACUUGAAGGGCAACUAGAGGCACUCUCACUAGAAGCUAAUCAGGCUCUCAAAGAGAAGACUGAGCUACAAGCCCAACUUGCAGCUUUGAACAUGAAGCUUCAGGCGCAGAUGGAACACAGCCAAACCAGCCAGCAGAAGCAGGAAUCUCUGAGCUCAGAAGUGGCCACAUUAAAGCAGUCUUGCUGGGAUCUGGAACGAGCAAUGGCUGACCUGCAAAAUGCCUUGGAAGCAAAGAAUGCCAGUUUGGCUUCUUCAAAUAAUGAUUUGCAGUUAGCAGAGGAGCAGUACCAAAGACUCCUGCAGAAGGUUGAAGAUAUGCAAAAAAAUGUUCUCACCAGAGACAGCACAGUCCAUGAUCUGCGACAGCAGUUGGCUUCCUUACAGAACCAGCUUCAGAAGGUGCAGCUGGAACGGACCACACUGACCAACAAGCUGAAGGCAUCUGAGACAGAAAUCACAUCCCUCCAAAACGUGCGGCACUGGUACCAGCAGCAGCUCGUUCUGGCACAGGAGGCCCGGGUCAGGCUGCAGAGUGAGAUGGCCAAUAUACAGGCUGGGCAAAUGACUCAGGCAGGUAUGUUGGAACAUCUCAAACUAGAGAAUGUGGCACUGUCUCAGCAGCUGACUGAAACCCAGCACAGAUCCAUUAAAGAGAAGGAGCGCAUUGCAGCACAGCUGCAAAAUAUUGAGGCUGACAUGUUAGAUCAAGAAGCUGCCUUCAUGCAGAUCCAGGAGGCUAAAACCAUGGUGGAAGAAGACUUGCAGAGAAAACUAGAGGAGUUUGAGGAUGAGAAAGAACAGCUUCAGAAAAUGGCUGAUUCUGCAGCAACAUUGGAACAAGAGCUGGGACAGGUCAAGUUGACUUUGCAUCAGCGGGAUCUGCAGCUUGAAUCUUUACAGCAAGAGCACCUGGAACUGAUGAAGCAACUGACCCUCGCCCAAGAGACACUGCACACCAAAGAGCAGUCCCUGGAUGACCUGCAAACACAGUAUGACGAACUGAAGGCCAGAUUAGAAGAGUUCCAAAGUGAUGCUACUUCUAAAGAUGACACCAUCCAGUAUUUGCAGAACGAGAAGAUUGUCUUGGAAGUAGCUCUGCAGGCAGCAAAGGCCAGUAAAGAGCAGCUGGACGAAGGAACUGCGCGCCUUGGAGAAGACACAGAAGCCACGUCGCAGAUCCUGGAACAACUGAAACAAGAAAUGGCAGUCAAGACAAGCCAGGUGGAAAAUCUGCAACAAGAAAAUGCCAAUCUCAAAAAACAGGUUCAAAAAGUGAAGGAACAGUUCCUGCAGCAGAAGGUCAUGGUGGAGGCUUAUCGGAGAGACGCCAGUUCCAAGGACCAGCUGAUCAGCGAACUGAAAGCUACAAAGAAGCGGCUGGACUCGGAACUGAAGGAGAUAAAAAAAGAGAUGCUGAAAAUGCAAGUUGAAAAACAGUCGCUCGAAUCCGAACAUUUGAAGCUACAGAAGGAAGUAUCUCAGGUUCACCAGCAGAUGGUGGAAAUAGAGAAUCAUCUUCAGUCAGUGCAAAGAGAACGAGACGAUCUGGAAACACGCCUGCAGUCUUUGCAGUUUGAUAAGGAACAAAUGGAAUCUCUUGCUGAGGCAAAUCAGACAUUAAAACAACAAGUAGAACAAAUGCAAGAAGAAGCAAAAAAGGCCAUUACUGAGCAGAAGCAGAAGAUGAAGCGCCUGGGGUCAGACCUGACGAGCGCUCAGAAGGAGAUGAAAGCCAAGCACAAAGCCUACGAGAACGCCGUCGGCAUCCUGAGCCGGCGGCUCCAGGAGUCCCUCACUGCCAAGGAAUCUGCUGAGGCAGAGCUGAGCAAGCUCAGGGCACAGAUCACUGAUGGUGGACACGACCAGAUUGCUCAGGAAAAGAUUCAAGCUCUGAAGGCAGAAUUGCGAGCUGUGAGCAGCAGUAAGUUGAUGCUGGAAAAGGAGUUGCAAGAAGUGAUUUCACUCACCAGCCAGGAGCUUGAAGAGUACAGAGAGAAAGUGCUGGAACUUGAGGAUGAGCUUCAGGAAUCUAGAGGCUUCAGGAAGAAGAUAAAACGUUUAGAAGAAAUUAAUAAGAAGUUGGCCCUUGAACUGGAGCAUGAACGUGGCAAACUUACAGGUCUCAGUCAGUCCAACGCUGCUCUGCGGGAGCACAAUAAUAUCCUCGAAACAGCUUUGGCAAAGAGAGAGGCAGACUUGGUGCAGCUGAAUCUGCAGGUUCAGGCAGUUCUAAAGCGGAAAGAGGAAGAGGAUCAGCAAAUGCAACAACUUAUUCAAGCUUUACAGGCUUCCUUAGAGAAAGAAAAGUUAAAAGUUAAAGACCUUCAGAAGCAGGAGGCAGCGGCCAAGGCGGACGCGGCGCACAACCGGCGGCACCACAGGGCGGCCAUGCUGGAGCUCAGCGAGGUGCAGAAGGAGCUCCACGCCAAGGACCUGCUCGUCCAGGCCCUGCAGGCUGAAGUGGACAAACUGCAGGCAGAGGGUGAAAAACAUUCCCAGGAGGUAUCACAGUUUCAGCAAGAGCUGGCAGAAGCCAGGGCUCAGCUCCAACUUCUGCAGAAGAACCUGGAUGACAAGCUUAGUGAACAGCCUCUAGUAAGCCAAGAGGUGGAAGAUCUCAAGUGGGAAGUAGAACAGAAAGAAAGAGAAAUUGAAACACUUAAGCAGCAGUUGGACAUGACUGAACAGCGCAGCCACAAGGAGUUAGAAGGGAUGCAAGUUGUCUUGCAGAAUAUCAAGACUGAGUUGGAGAUGGUGAGGGAAGACCUGUCAGUGACUCAGAAGGAUAAGUUUAUGAUGCAGGCCAAAGUGACUGAACUGAAGAACAGCAUGAAGUCACUGCUGCAGCAGAACCAGCAACUGAAGCAGGACCUGAAGCAUGGCAAGAUGAAGAAGAGGAAGGAACUCAAAGGAGAGAAUAACUCUUCCAAUCCUGUGACUCCAGUCAAGAUUCCUGAUUGUCCAGUGCCUGCUGCCUUGCUGGAAGAACUGCUGAAACCAUCGACAGCUGUGAGCAAGGAGCCUUUGAAAAACCUGAACAGCUGUCUCCAGCAAUUAAAGCAAGAAAUGGACAGCCUUCAGCGUCAGAUGGAGGAACACACCAUCACAGUACAUGAAUCCAUGUCUUCGUGGACUCAGCUUGAGGGGAAGUUAAUGGACCUUGGUUCUACCAGUCCUGCACCUGCAUCAGACCAGCAGGAGAUUCCUACUGUAGAUGAAAAGAAAGAGAAUUGUAGUGUUAAUGACAAGGAAGGUUUGACACUAUAACCUCCUCAUCAGCUGUCCUUCUUCCUACUGCUUUAAGUAUAUAAACAAAUCUUUAUAAAAAUUAUUUAUUUCAUUUUUUUAAAUGGCGUUCAGAGUUGUGCUUUUGCCUGUAGAAGCAAAAGGCACAGAUUUGAGAAACUGAGGUAAUAGUAAAUGCAGAACGUGCUAUUCCAAGGGUUUGUUUGAAACCUUGCCAUAAUAAUUCUGUCAUGCUGGGGACUGCCAAGUGCUGAAUCUAGCUCAGUUGAGGGUUUAGUAAGAGAUUCACAUGAAGGUUUAAAAUGAGGUCAAGAGGAGCAUCUGGUUCCAGGUCUGUAUUUGUUCAAUCUAGGUGAUUUUAUUGAGGAACUACUGUUAAUUUUGUAACAUCUAGGUUUUUGUGUUUGGUUUUUUCUUUUUUUAUUUGGGGGGGAGGGAUGUGUUGUUUUCUCCCAUCUUUGGUUGUAGUCAAAUUCCAACAAGUUCUCAUGUCCAGCUGUUAGCAGUGGUUGAGAACUGGAUAUGCUGAGCAUCCUCUCUUCCCUCCUGUAAUCUCAAAGUUCAGAUUAUAGAUAUCUGUAUUUAAAGAGAAAAAAACCCUCAUUGUAAGCUAUUUCCAGUUAUGAAGAUGACCUCUGACCUAUAGCAAAAGAAACAAGACUGUAAAGACGAGCCAUGCAGAGCAGUUGGUGUCUGUGGCAGAUUUGCCUGGGAUGUUUUCUGAAGUACUGGUUUUUCCCUUACAGUUGCAGGCCAGUAGUGAGCUUUGCUUCACUGCACAAACAUUUUGCACCUUUUUAGUUCAAGUUUUGAAGUAGACAGACACCCUUAAAAAGUAUGCGUGUAAAAAAAAAAGUAUAUAUAUAUAUAUAAGAAAAAGAUCAUAAUUUUCUGACUUUGAAUAUCUGGUUUAUUAUGCUUAUAUACUGUAAGUUAAGGCUGACGUGAGGGUUUUUGUUACUGUCAUUGUUUUAAUGUUACAUUUAAGUUUGCUCUUUUUCAACAUACUGUACGAAUGUCUUAUGGAAAUUGGCUCUUAAAGCCAGAGCUUUCAGAAAUGUAAUUAUUUUUACUUUAAAAGACAUAAUUAUAAUGCCUAUAAAAUUAUUAUUUUUAAUAGCUUUAUCUUCCCCCACACACACUUGCCCUACUUUUUGCACCCUCUAUUACAAGGUGUCCACCAUGAAUGGAAGUGUUGGUACUGUGGCAGCCCCUCUGCAGAGCACCUUGGCCAGGUGAUUUUUAAAGCAGCUCAUUUCAGAUUCCUUCCCCUUUGGUCCCGUUCUCCAAGUGGUUUGUAGUGAGUGAUAAGCCCACGUUCUCCUCAUUCAAAAAUCCAGUGGGGGGGUCCUGCCUCGCCAAGUGUGCUGAGUUCUAAAGCACAAAUCAAAAUACAUGGGACAUUAUUUGGAAGAUUUAGUAGCCACUCCUGUACUAGAAUGUUUUUGUCUUUAAAACAUAAAGAAAACAGGUUCGUUAUAUCCACUAUAGUUUGGUGUUGGCAAAAGAAAAAAAUAAUCUAGUAAGUACAAGUGGAUUCAGUGGCUGGGGAAAAAAACCCUGUAGUUCAUGUAUUUUUCCAAAGAGACUCUUUCUGCUUUUGGAUGGGUUUGGUUAUUGUGGAGGAAUGGGAAGGAUAUUGCAGUUUGUUUAGCAGUAAGACAAAAAAUAAGCAAACAAAGAAAAACCCAAACCCACUUAUAUUUCUCUAAAGUCCGAUUUCUCAUAAUUGCCAGUUUAAGCUCUAGUCCAGUUGAACAUUUUGCACUUAAAGUGUUUAUACUGAACGAUUUCAUGCCCUUCAGCUACUGGAUUUUGACUUAUAUUUUAUUGGGAUCAAAGUCAAGUGGUGCUGACAGUCAGGGGUUUGGAACUGAAGGAAGAACUGCUUUUGUGUGGCAUUUGGUGCCCAUCCUACAGAUCUACCAAACAAUUCAAAGAGAAUUCAAAAGCUUUACUGACUAGCUUAGACAUGGUAGUGUCUGCAUACUGAUGCAGUCUACUUUGUAGAGUAAAUGGUACUGAUUAUCUCACUGUUGUCAUGUUCUUGAAGUUACUUGUAUAUUAAACUCAAAGAAGAAAAAAACACCUCAGUAUUGUUAAAGAAAAAAUUAAAACUAUUUAAUGAAUAAUAUAUUCAGGACAAAAAACUACCAAAUGUCCAGGAUUUAAAAUAAUACUUGUGCAGCGUUAAUGUUGCUGUUCACUUUAUUAAAUACAUUGCCUACAGUUAAGAAUCUGUUAUGUUUUAAUCUGUUAAGUUUGGCAGCAGUUGUAUGGAUAAAGGUUUUAUGUGGUAUCAAAGAAGCCAGAAUUGUUAUAAACUUGCAUAGUUGUUCUGAAUGUCUGCUCUCCUUUUUGUAUCAGUUCUGCACUCUGCUGCAUUUCUCACUAGCUCCUGAAGCCAUCUGAGCUUGUACAGUCCAGUUCCCUUAGAUGUGUUUCCCUUGUCAAGAUGAGGGAGCUGUUGUGCACAGAUUAGAUUCCCACAGUGACCCACCUGCUUCUGGAAGUACCUGGAUGGACACUGGGUAUUUUUGUGUUAUAUUCAGCCUGUGUUUUUUUCUCUAAACAAAAGCACCAUGUCAUUUACUUUAAUGAAGGACAGACAGUGAGACUUGAGGGUCUAAGUCUGGUGAGGUACUAAGUCAUUAGGAAGUCUUCUGGAGGGAGCAGCAGCAUGUGAUAAUAGCAAGGCCUUUUCUUUGAAGCUCAUCAGUUAAGUUUCCUAAUUAUCCAGAGCAGUAGUUGCUGUUUUAUUAAAAAGCCUCACCCUGAGCAUGCUUGGUCUGCAAAGCUUCAGGUCUCUCCUGUCUAGGCAAUAAAACAAACUAGUUGUAGAAAGGAAAACUGCCUCCCCUCUGCCUGUCACAGCACUGCCAAAUACAUCAGAGGAGAAUCUGAAGAAUAAUAUCUUAAAUAUUUUUUAUUUUCCCUUUUCAAGCACUGCAAUAGAAUGUAUUUCCUGUGUCUGUCUCUUCAGUAGUUGCUACCUACUAAACUAGGUCUUACUGAUGAAGGAAAAAUGUCACUGCAAUGUGAGAAUGUUCCCAAGUGCUGAAAGCUGGUAAAUGCUGCAGUGUUACUUUUUCAGAUGCUGUUGAGUUUUUGAGGACUCUUGAGUAACUGUGCAUUCAAAAAAAAAAUCACAACAAAGACCAGCAAACCCUACAGUGGUGAAAAAUGUUACUGAGUCUCUGGCGUUGCUGAACAUUGCAUAAUGCUCCAUUCUGUUGUCUUCCAGAUUUCUUGGAAAUAUUUGUGCACUGUAUUUGGGAUCAGCUGAGCCCCUUAUCCACUCAUAUAAUGAUCCCAUACUGUUUAUUCAGGCAGUAUCUUAGCUGAAAUCUGUGAGACUUUCACAUGUGUAAAGUAAUAUCAGGGAUGAAAGUUCUGGUGUUCAUAAUUUCAUGGAUUAUGUAUUUCUCCUUAGAGGAGAGAACUGCAGUGGCAUGGGUGCUUCAGUGCUAGCUGUGACAACAUCAAAGGUGUGCUGGGGACGGACUAUUAUCAAAGUAAGUUUAACUUAAAGAUGACAGAUUCACUCCUGGUGAUGCAGAAGAUUGUGAUGUACGUUUAUUAACCUUGUGGGGAAAGUGGGAAUAGUUGCAUGUGACUUAUUGUGACCAGAGCCUUUAAAUAUUUUCAUGUGAAAGGAAUUACAGUCCAAAGGAAUUACUAAUGCUCAUCAGCAUCUCUCUGUCUCUUACUUAUGUGUAACACUUGAGUCUUGGGCAGCCUCAUUUCCAAUGCAGAUGCACAGAUUUCUAAGGAAGGGAAGGAUGUUCUGGAUAUUGUAAAUGAAAUGGUUCUGUUUCAUAUAUGACAUUCAGUAAUGUCUGCUUAGCCUGUAUUUGUAAAAGAUAGAAAUUAAUCAUUUCAUGUUCUUGAAUGGAUAACCCAGGGGCUGGAGGAGUUACACUAUGUACAUUUAAUGUUUAUGAUCAUACAAAGCAUGUUGAUUAUAAAAAUUAUGUGCAUAGGGAAUUCCUUUAAAAGUUUUGUGCAAUAAACUAUUUUUGGUAAAGGGC